GGCUCCGGGGCGCGGGCGGCGGCGGCGGCGGCGCCCCGACUGCAGUCCCGGCGGCGGGAGCGGAGCGCGAGCCGGGGCAGGGCCCGAGCCGGCGCCAUGGGGCGGCGGCGCCUGUGAGCGCGGCGAGCCGAGGCCGGGCGGCCAGGCCAGGACGGGGCCGGGCCGGGCCGGGCCGAGCGCGCCGAGCCGAGCGAGCGGGGAGCGCCAGCAGCGGCCGCGGCGGGAGCAGGCAGCGCCGCCGCCGCCAAGAUGGCGGACCUGGAGGCGGUGCUGGCCGAUGUGAGCUACCUGAUGGCCAUGGAGAAGAGCAAGGCCACGCCGGCGGCGCGUGCCAGCAAGAAGAUCCUGCUGCCCGAGCCCAGCAUACGGAGUGUCAUGCACAAGUACCUGGAGGAUCGGGGAGAAGUGACGUUUGAGAAGAUCUUCUCCCAGAAGCUGGGAUACCUGCUGUUCCGAGACUUCUGCCUGAACCACCUGGAGGAAGCGAGGCCCUUGGUAGAGUUCUACGAGGAGAUCAGGAAGUACGAGAAACUGGAGACGGAGGAGGAACGCGUGGCCCGCAGCCGGGAAAUCUUCGACUCGUACAUCAUGAAGGAGCUGCUGGCCUGCUCACACCCCUUCUCGAAGAGUGCCACUGAGCAUGUGCAGGGCCACCUGGUGAAGAAGUUGGUGCCCCCGGAUCUCUUCCAGCCCUACAUCGAUGAGAUCUGUCAGAACCUCCGAGGGGAUGUGUUCCAGAAGUUUAUCGAGAGCGAGAAGUUCACCCGGUUCUGCCAGUGGAAGAACGUGGAACUCAAUAUCCAUCUGACCAUGAACGACUUCAGCGUGCAUCGCAUCAUCGGGCGCGGCGGCUUCGGCGAGGUCUACGGCUGCCGGAAGGCCGACACGGGCAAGAUGUACGCCAUGAAGUGUCUGGACAAGAAACGCAUCAAGAUGAAGCAGGGCGAGACCCUGGCCCUGAAUGAGCGCAUUAUGCUCUCCCUCGUUAGCACCGGGGACUGCCCGUUCAUCGUGUGCAUGUCCUAUGCCUUCCACACACCGGACAAGCUGAGCUUCAUCCUGGACCUCAUGAAUGGCGGGGACCUGCACUACCACCUGUCCCAGCACGGGGUCUUCUCCGAAGCUGACAUGCGCUUCUACGCGGCCGAGAUCAUCCUGGGCUUGGAGCACAUGCACAGCCGCUUCGUUGUCUACCGGGACCUGAAGCCUGCCAACAUCCUGCUGGACGAACAUGGCCACGUGCGGAUCUCAGACCUGGGCCUGGCCUGCGACUUCUCCAAGAAGAAGCCCCACGCCAGCGUGGGAACCCAUGGCUACAUGGCCCCUGAGGUCCUGCAGAAGGGUGUGGCCUACGACAGCAGUGCCGACUGGUUCUCCCUGGGCUGCAUGCUUUUCAAGUUGCUGCGGGGGCACAGCCCCUUCCGGCAGCACAAGACCAAAGACAAGCACGAGAUUGACCGCAUGACCUUGACCAUGGCCGUGGAACUGCCCGACUCCUUCUCGCCGGAGCUGCGCUCCUUGCUGGAGGGCCUGCUGCAGCGGGAUGUCAACCGGAGGCUGGGCUGCCUGGGCCGUGGCGCUCAGGAGGUAAAGGAGAGCUCCUUCUUCCGCUCCCUGGACUGGCAGAUGGUCUUCCUGCAGAAGUACCCUCCCCCCCUGAUCCCCCCACGAGGGGAGGUGAAUGCAGCUGAUGCCUUCGACAUCGGCUCCUUUGAUGAGGAAGACACCAAAGGAAUCAAGUUACUGGACAGCGACCAGGAGCUCUACCGGAACUUCCCGCUCACCAUCUCAGAGAGGUGGCAGCAGGAGGUGGCCGAGACGGUGUUCGACACCAUCAACGCCGAGACGGACCGGCUGGAGGCUCGUAAGAAAGCCAAGAACAAGCAGCUGGGCCAUGAGGAAGACUACGCCCUGGGCAAGGACUGCAUCAUGCAUGGGUACAUGUCCAAGAUGGGCAAUCCCUUCCUGACCCAGUGGCAGCGGCGGUAUUUCUACCUGUUCCCCAACCGGCUCGAAUGGCGGGGCGAGGGCGAGGCCCCGCAGAGCCUGCUGACCAUGGAGGAGAUCCAGUCGGUGGAGGAGACGCAGAUCAAGGAGCGCAAAUGCCUGUUGCUCAAGAUCCGCGGUGGGAAGCAGUUCAUCCUGCAGUGCGACAGCGACCCAGAGCUGGUGCAGUGGAAGAAGGAGCUGCGGGAUGCCUACCGGGAGGCGCAGCAGCUGGUACAGCGGGUGCCCAAGAUGAAGAACAAGCCACGCUCGCCAGUGGUGGAGCUAAGCAAGGUGCCGCUGGUGCAGCGUGGCAGUGCCAACGGGCUCUGAGCCGCCGCCGCCCGCCCGCCCACCCGCCUUUUAUAAACCUCUAAUUUAUUUUGUCGAA